AAUGAAAAUCAGUUGAAAACGAGAUAACAAACCCAAAAGAUACAAAACAGCCGACCGAGCGGGUGCUGUCUCGUCGUUUUACAAAAUUUGCACUAGCAAAAAUUCAAAUAAAUUAGCCGAGUGCCAGUGAAGUGAGUGAGCGCGAGUGCACAACAAAGUUGAAAUAUAAAUAUUGUUAUAUAUAUUAUUCGCAAGCAUUUUUCAACGCUCUGCUUUUGGGGUAAAUAAUCCAAUAGAACGGCAGCCAAAACGCUGAGUGCAAAGUGCAAAAGUGAAAAGGACUAGCCCAAAGAUACACACACAAGAAAAUACCGACAGAUCCUUUGAGAUUUCCCGUGAGUGCAACAAAUACAGAAACGGUACGGUACACACAGAUACACGCACUCACACACACUCGCUCGACUUUCAAUAUGGCGGAUGUCCUGGAGAAAAGCUCCCUGCUGGAUGCUGUGCCAGCACUAGGCGAAUCCCAUCCUCACCCACCGCUGCCCCACCAGCAGUUGCAACAGGAAGCAGCCGUAGCAGCAGCACCACCACCACAGCAGCAGCAACAACAACCACCGCAACAGCAACAACAACAACAACAACAGAAGCCUGCAACUGCGAGGGCUAAUCAGGAUCAAAAAGAGGGUGACAAUGACAGCGGCGUUGAUGAGUCCACUCAGGAGAAGGAUCGCAACGGACCCAUUUCGCCCAGUUCACCGGUGAAGACGCCCACAUCGACCUCAUCGAAGCCGGACAAGUCGGGCACGUCGCGUCCACCGAGUGCCACGCCCUCGAACAAGUCAGCCCCCAAGUCGCGCAGCGCCUCCAAGAAUCGCUUGCUCCUCAAGACCCCAGAACCCGAGCCAGCCAAGAAAGUUCCAAUGAACAAGGUACAAGUCGGCCAUGCGCCUUCGCCCAAUCUGAAGGCUGUGCGCUCCAAAAUCGGAUCCCUGGACAAUGCCACCUAUAAGCCGGGUGGUGGCCAUGUGAAAAUCGAGUCCAAGAAGAUCGACAUCAAGGCGGCACCGCGCAUCGAGGCCAAGAACGACAAGUACAUGCCAAAGGGCGGCGAGAAGAAGAUAGUUACAACAAAGUUGCAGUGGAAUGCGAAGUCGAAAAUCGGUUCGUUGGAGAAUGCCGCCCACAAGCCAGGAGGCGGGGACAAGAAGAUCGAGACCCUGAAGAUGGACUUCAAGGACAAGGCCAAGCCGAAGGUGGGCUCCACGGCCAACGUGAAACAUCAGCCAGGUGGCGGUGAUAUCAAGGAUAACAACCCCAAGGAUAUCCAAACGCAAAAACUAGAAAUUAAGGCACAAAGCAAAGUUGGCUCUUUGGAUAAUGUAAAGCACAAGCCCGGUGGCGGUGAGAAGAAGAUUUUCGAUGAUAAGGAUUAUUUGAAAAAUGUUGAACACUCUGUUGCACUGACAACACCACCAACACAGUUUGCGGCUCAAGGGCGCUUGAUUGCCACGAUCCAUCUAGAAUUCGGUCUCUGUAACUCAGACUGUGUGUGUAACAAUAUAUUUGAGUCGCUUUUUAAAUGAACUCCCUAGCUUUAACUAAGACAUCCAUCAACUACUGUACUGUACCUAAAGCCAAACGAUUUAACUGAUGCAGGACUUAACAGAAAGAAACUAAACUAAACCAAACUAAACUAAACACAAACCGAACUCAACUAGAAGAAAAGCUCAAACCGGAAAUCUCGAAUGAGUUUGCAAGAGUUUCUAUUUUAAAUUGUAACCGAUAUAUAUGUUUAUGCAUUCUUCAAUGGUUAGCCCUUGGAAGGUGUAUAGAUGAUGUAAGCUGUCCUGCCCCUGAGCAAUUCCGCAAAAAAAAAGGAUGAAAUUGGAUUAAAAUCACAUCUUAACCCUAGGUUUCUGCUCAUGGGCAAGGACAGUACUGCCCCCCAGAGGGCCCAAUGUUUGUUAACUCCUUUAGUAUGUAGCGAAUAUCCUUUAACAAAGUAUUAUUUAUGGCAAACGGUCAACAACCUUACACUACUUAGGAUAGUACAAAUUUUGAACAAUAUACUGAUCCGCGAUUGCUCAAAGAAACCCCGAACCCCAGAUUCCGACCCUGAGGACGGUUUAGCAAAAGGCUGCCCAGCAUUUAAAUCAUCUAACAACAGUGCUUUGCUCUCUCACACUAAAACAAAAACCACUCAAACAUUGACCCCAUACUCACAUCAAUUUUAAAUUACAAUUAAUUAUGACUUAUUAAAUGUUCUUCAUUUCUGUGCUUAAUGUCUCUCUUUCGUUUAUUUUAGGAAUAUAUAUACAAUUUUUAUUAGGCUAGUCAUACGAAACUAAGUGCAUUAAAUUCGAAAUUCGUAUACUCGUUACGUCCAUUAGAGUUAUUAAUCGCCUAAUACUAUAUAACUACUACAUCAUAUACUCGAAAUCCGAAUGCGAUGCGGUUUUAACCUAUAUAGAAAAUUUCGAUUCAAUCCGAUCCAAUUUGAUUCGAUUCGAUCAAGCAAACCCCGUAAGUUAAUGUGCGUUGCGAGUUCUUCUAAGAUAUGUCCGUUUCGUAUAUAGAUAGUUAUAGAUACCUAAAUAUUUAACAGUGCUGUGAUAGACUAACCGAACCGUUGGUAACGAUCCAAGCUGAUUUGCCAGACCACCUGCAUCCAUACCAAAAACCGAACUAUAUAGAGCCCCGAAGCGGUUUCAUGGGCAUUUGCUUGCGACUCCCUCGUUUACUCCACUGCAUUCCAACCAACUCAUGACUCUAACUCUAACAAGGCUUAUGGUUUACCUUUUUAUUAGAUUUUUUUAUGAUUUGUGCAAUCGAUACGCAUUCACGUUUAUAUUUUUAUCUUGA